GCUUGAUUCGAUCACGUGCGGGUUUUGUUUUACUUCACUUCCGCGUUUUCGGAUUUGACAUGAGAAAUAACAUUUGUAAUUAUAGCUGUUGAGGAAAUUGAUAAAUUAUAACCAGUUGUUUUUUACUCAUAUAAAUCUUUUUCUGCAUUUAGUCAGUUAUGUAAAUAUAAACUUCAAAAACAAAAAAAUAGCUAGUUAUUACUGCGAUAGAAUUUGAGGAACUAACAGACUAGCUAGCCAUCAAGUUAGCUAGCUAGCUGUUAGAGAGUAGCUAAUUAUCUAGCUACAGAUUACAGGUUCAGACUAGAUAUCACAAGCAACAACUUUUUAAUUCACCGGACUUCCUCGUUGAUUUUUUUAGGGAAAUGGCUCUAUUUCAAGCAAUACAUCUUACUUUGACCUCAGCCAUCUUGCUGGUCAUCUUGGCUGAAAAGGGUCAGGCCAGUGACAACACCAAGAACUGCAAGUUAAUUGAGGAAUCGCCGAAUGCAAGAAAAGUUCUCAGCAAAUUGGAGCCGCUCACCAACAGAACAUUUUCCGUGCCAGUCAAGUCAGACACAGACAGCUACACGUACCUGUUCCAGGUGUGUGGGAAUGCUGGGAAAAUACCAGACGGUGGCUUGGUGCAGAGAAACGCCAGUGGGAAAGAGGUUCUCGUUGGAAAGUACACUGCCAUGGAGGUAUUUGGUGGUUCUGACUGGGUGAUGUUGAUCUACAAGAAUGGCAUGCCUUAUUCCAACCACUGUGGCAAGGAGGACAGGAAAGCCAUCAUCAUGAUCUCCUGUGAGAGGGGCGUGUCAGCGGGGGAGCUGGAAGUGGUUGUGGAAGAGAGGGACAAGCUCAACAACUGUUUCUAUCUGUUUGAGCUGGACUCCAGUGCCGUCUGUCCCGCCAUUCCCUCUCAUCUGAGCGUCGGCUCAGUGCUGCUUAUUGUUGGCUUUUCAUUAUUGGCUGUGUACUUGAUUGGUGGAUUCCUGUACCAAAGACUGGUUGUCGGCGCCAAAGGGGUGGAGCAGUUUCCCAACUACACCUUUUGGCGGGAGAUUGGCAAUCUGACUGCUGACGGGUGCGACUUUGUGUGCCGGUCCAGGGGAAGCCGGGAGGAACCACCUACUUACAGGGGUGUGGCUACCGAACCCCUGGGGGAGGGGCCAGAAGAGAGAGACGAUCACUUGCUGCCCAUGUGACCUGGCUGUACCGCCGCAGGAUUGGUUAGAUCUUGGCUGAUAUACUGAUAUAUUUUUUAAAUUAUUCAGAAUUUAGACAGCAGUGCAAAAAAAAAAAGGAGAGUCUCUUAAAAGUACGGUUCAAAGGGACAGCUUGUGGGCGAUGCAAAUUUUACAUUCCCAAUGUACUUAAAGGUUCACAGCGUAGCACCACGUUUGCCAGUAUCAUCCACAUGUGCAGUGUAGUUAGAUAGGGGUGCAUAGAGAACAGGUCUGCUUUUAAUGCGCAGUACAGCACACAUCCGCCUGGUCCUGUUGCAGGGAUUUGAAUACUGGUUCUGAUUUUUGGUUUGACCAAAUGUAUUUUCCAACUGUUACACCAUGGUAUCAUCCAAUAUUACCACAGUGUAAUAAUAGUGGUGUUACUGAUGAGAGUAAUUACUAUGGAUAAUGAUUAUGAUACUUAGUUGUGAUUGCUGCUUUAGAUUGAAGGAUCUCUGUACUAUCUGUGCUGUGUGGAUGAAUGUCUUUUUGGAUUUCGCUUGAUUUUGUGUAAAUGUUUUUUUUUUUUUUUUUUAAUAUGAGCUAGCCUCAGAGCUAGUCAGACCUGGGUCAUAUACAUGUUUGUUUUGGGUUCAGAUACUUUUUUACGGUUUACUGAUCUUGUCUGGUGUAUUGGAACCAAUGAAAUACUCUCAAAAAGUGCAAACACCGCCUUCUGGUCAUAUUGGCAGGCUCAAUUACACCAGGCAAGAUCGACAGAGCACAGAAAAGUAUUUGAAUCCAAAACAAAUACGUAUUUGACCCAGGUCUGGAGCUAGUGGAGUCCGGUGUACUGACGCGCAGAGCACGUCGUGGCACAAGUGCUGACUCAGUACGGUUCAGGCACUGAAAUAUCCGAGGAAUGUGAACUGUGUUGUGUCUGCGCCCACCUGACGGGGCUUCUGGCACUGCAUAGACUCUGACUUUCUGGAUAAAAUUUGUUCUUUCUGUUUGUUAUUUGCAGUAAUGGAAACAAAAAAAAAAAAAAAAGGUUUUGUUUUUGCUUAUGAGUGAAAAAA